AUUCCACCCUGGCUUGCAGAUUAAACCAGCUGUCAAGCCAGGGUGAAGGAUCCGUGGCCAGGCAGAGGUCUGUGGAGUGGAGAGGCGAGGCCUCACAGUGGAACUCUCAGAUGACAGCAUGCAGGCGCCAAGAGAGUGGAUGCACAUACAGAAGACAGCCAUGCACUGAGCUGGGGACAUGCAACAAUAACAGGUGAGUUCCAACAAAUUGGUUCAAAAAGAGGGGGGAUAAACACGCUGGCCCACGCUGGGCAAGCAUGGCACCACCUCCCAGGCACUGUCUCCUUCUGAUCAGCGCUCUGGGUGUCUUUGCACUUAACUGCUUCACCAAAGGUCAGAAGAACAGCACGCUCAUCUUCACAAAGGAAAACACCAUUCGGAACUGCAGCUGUUCUGCGGACAUCCGGGAUUGUGACUACAGUUUGGCCAACCUGAUGUGCAACUGUAAAACCAUCCUGCCCCUUGCAGUAGAGCGAACCAGCUACAAUGGCCAUCUGACCAUCUGGUUCACAGACACAUCUGUGCUGGGCCACCUGCUGAACUUCACGCUGGUCCAAGACCUGAAGCUUUCCCUGUGUAGCACCAACACUCUCCCCACUGAAUACCUGGCUAUUUGUGGUCUGAAGAGGCUGCGCAUCAACAUGGAGGCCAAGCAUCCCUUCCCAGAGCAGAGCUUACUCAUCCAUAGUGGUGGGGACAGUGACUCCAGAGAGAAGCCCAUGUGGUUACACAAAGGCUGGCAGCCAUGUAUGUAUAUCUCAUUCUUAGAUAUGGCUCUUUUCAACAGGGACUCAGCCUUAAAAUCAUAUAGUAUUGAAAACGUUACCAGCAUUGCCAACAACUUUCCUGACUUUUCUUACUUUAGAACCUUCCCAAUACCAAGCAACAAAAGCUAUGUUGUCACAUUUAUUUACUAGCAUAAUAACUGUGUCCAGCUGCCUGGAACUUUGGCAAAUGAUGAAUAAUUUGCAGAAGGAAUCUGGAAAUAAGGCCAUGAGAUAGGUAUCCCUACCCACAAUUGUGCCUCUCUCCACAGGCUCCAUUUGCAACACAGCCACACACACACCAAUAACCAGCUCUCUGUUCUGCUCUGUGCCCAACUGUGAGAACACUUUUGAAAAACAAAAGAAAAAGAAACCAAAAAACCAACUUGAUUGCGUCCAGGGACAUGUCUUGGGAGCCAGCUAGGCUUGGUCUCUGCAACUAGAAGCCUGCAGGGAAAUGUCCCAUCAGAAAUGGAGAAAGCAAUACACCCUAGAGACUGCUUAGUGGAGCUCCUCCUAGAAGGUGACCCCCAAGAAACAUAUCUUCUUUCAAAAUACUGCCUUAAUUUUUUUCUGUUUCAUUUUGUGAAAUUGCUUGGAAUUCCCCUAAGUAGAGAAUAAUCAAUUUCAGAGGUUUGGGGACUGUGAGUUUUAUAAAAUGGUCGGGCACAGUGGCUCACACCUGUAAUCCCAGCACUUUGGGAGGCCGAGGCGGGCGGAUUACCUGAGGUUGGGAGUUCAAGACCAGACUGACCAACAUGGAGAAACCCCAUCUCUACUAAAAAUACAAAAUUAGCCGGGCAUGGUGGCACAUGCCUGUAAUCCCAGCUACUCGGGAGGCUGAGCAGGAGAAUCGCUUGAACCUGGGAGGCGGAGGUUGCAGUGAGCCAAAAUCGUGCCACUGCAGUCUACACUCCAGCCUGGGUGACAGGGUCAGAGAUCACACCAUUGCACUCCAGCCUGGGCAACAAGAGCGAAACUCCAUCUCAAAAAAAAAAAAAUAAUGAUAAUAAUAACAAAAUGAUUAGGUUCUCUUAAACUGAUCUUUUCUAAAUACCUUGCUAAGAAUAGAUGCACUGAGAAAUAAGAGGUUGGAGACUGUGUUUGUUGGGGUGGAGGUACCACAGGCAUGGAUAGGGUGAGACCUUAGGACCAAAUGGGGGGACCAGUGUUCCAGAGAGAGGGAUGCAGAAGUGAAAAUUGGAGGACACAAAACACAUUUGCAUCUAUCUCAAAAUUUUGCUUAGAGCAUAGCCUAACUGCAAGGAAAGUUCUUCACUUCUAGCCUUUCACAUUCUUUUUCUUUUCUUUCUUUGCAUGGUCUGUCUUUGCCCCCACUAUACCAUUUCACCAAUUUCUCUUCUCACUUUCAUCUUUCUCCUUCUCCUUUUCCUCUUGCUCCAAAAAUCAGAACUUAGAUGAAUACCAUUCGAGCUAUGUUUAACUACAUUAGGGGCUAGCCUGGGAAUUUACUCACCACUUACAACAUUAUUUCUAUUGUUAAAAGUGCUCAAAUUAUUAACAGAUAAUUAACAAAAAAAGUUCUAAGGCUCAGUCCAUUUGGAAGGUUAAGAUUGCAAAGUGAAGCCAUUUUAUAUGACAUGGUUAACACAAAAUGAUUUUAUGUGUGCUGAUAAAAGGAACCAAAGCAACAUACGUUUGAAAAAAUUAAAUGGAUUCAUUAUUGUACAAAGAAAAUUUUCCCUCGUAGAGAUGCAACUUGCCAUUAAAGUGGACUGUAAAGAAUCCAUGGCUUGGGAGGCCGAGGUAGGCGGAUCACCUGAAGUCGGGAGUUCGAGACCAGCCUGACCAACAUGGAGAAACCCUGUCUCUACUAAAAAUGUAAAAUAAGCCAGGCGUGGUGGUGCAUGCCUGUAAUCCCAGCUACUCGGGAGGCUGAGGCAGGAGAAUCACUUGAACCUGGGAGGCAGAGGUUGCAGUGAGCCAAGAUUGCGCCACUGCACUCCAGCCUGGGCAACAAGAGCGAAACUCCAUCUCAAAAAAAGAAAAAAAAAAAAAGAAAAAAGAAUCCACUGCAAUUGUGAUACAAAUGUCUAAACCUGGAGUGGAAUGAAUUUGAAACAUUAUUGCAUUCAUGAUACCAUAAUGAUAAGAAAUAAUCCAUGACUUAACAGGAUGUCCUGGGGUUGAUGACUUUAGAUCACAUAUAUCACUUUUUUGUUUUUUUUCACUUAACCUUAACAUAGAGUAACUGAAAUAACCUGCAAUUUCUACAUUUGCUUAAUUGGUGGGGGAUUUAGCCAUUCAGGCUAAUUAGCAUGAGCCCAUGUCAGUGUUUAAAUUAGGCCAAAACAAAGACCAAAAUAUGAAUUUUAAUAGAAACAUGUGACCUCAUUACUGACAUUGUACUGCAGAUAAUGUUAAAGUGAAAGAAAACAAUAAGGAAAAGGGGAAAAAGGAGGAGAAAGGAAAGCAAGAAAAGACAAGUGAAAAGAUUAGUAAUAUAUUCAUUGUCAUUAGUUACUGAAAAUAUAACUAAUUGAAUUUUAAUAAUUUUUAUUAACAAAGUAUAAAAUUAAAUGAUGUUAGAAAGUAUAUGCCUCCUAUAAAUAUCUUCCAUUUGGUAGCUUUUAAUAGUUUCAAAGCCCUUUCACAUAUGUUUUAAGUCUUUUGAGAAAUACUUGUGAGUUAAUGGGACUUAAACCAACAGAAAAGGAAAGCUAAUUUAGUUAUAAAUCAAGUCUGAGGUUUCAGAUUUCUGGACUAAAAAUAUGGUUCCGUUUGUGCUGCUGUGGGAUGAAGAAUGGGCAGAGAAAAUCCACAGGGCAGGCAUGGGGAUAAAUGGCAUUUGGCACUUAGCUGCAGGGUUUGGGGGACAACAGGGAGUGGUGGGAUGGUGGUUAAGUAAGGGUGCAUGCCCCAUCUGAAGCUCUACAGUGGCUCAGCUCCAACUGAGUGUUGCCAUGGGAAAAUCUGAUGGGGCCAGAUCUGAUCCUUCAGAGAAUUAGAAAUUCCAGGUUGUUAUGUGAAUUCUCACAAUUUGUAAAUGUUGGCUUGACAUUCAGCUUUUUUGUUUGUUUGUUUUAAAUAAUAUCAUGUGGGUCAAACAAACUAUGUUAAUGGUACCCAUCUGGCCUGGGGCUAGUAGCCUAUUGCCUCUGGCCAGUGGUGUGCUAAUAAAACUUUAACCACCAGCUCUCCAACAAAAAAGGGAGGUGGGCUGCUCUGCCUAUGGAGUAGCCAUGCUUUUAUUCCUUUACUUUCUUAAUAAACUUGCUUUCAAUUUACUCUAUAGACUCGCCUUGAAUUCUUUCUUAUGUGAGAUCCAUGAACCCUCUCUUGGGGUCUGGUUUAGGACCCCUUUCUGGUAACAUCUUUAUGGCAACCACAAAGGGAUGAUACUAAGGAGACCCCUGACCCAAAGGAAAUAGACCAACACUGAUUGGCUGACUUUGGAGUCAAGGAAACGUUUCUUUUGAGCUAUUGACAGCUUUCAACAAUUGCAUAAAUUAUGCUCCUGUGAACAAAAUUUGAAGCAUGCUUGUUUCUCUCUACCUAAUUUCUCCAAAAUCUGGAAACUAGUUAUAUCACCUUUAGUCAGAGUUAUGAAUGGUCCUCACCGUACUGACUUUCUCUGACUGAACUCCUCUCUACCCUGGAUCUGAGACCCUAAUAAAUAGGCAGGAAUAUCAUCGCCUCAUUCAGCCUCCAGAAGUUACAAAAGAUGGACCUUCAUCUCUCUACAACCCUUAGGAUUAAGGGUUCUCUUAUAAAAGGGAGGGGGAAAUGUCAGAGGCGUUUAAACAAGAGUGACUCCAUCUUGUUUAGAGGCUGCGUAAAAUAAGGCUGAGGCCUGCUGGCCUGCAUUCCCAGCAGGUUAGGCAUUUUUAGUUACAGGAUAAGAUAGGAGGUCAGCACAAAAUGCAGGACAUAAAGACCUUGCUGAUAAAACAGGUUGCAGUAAAGAAGCCAAAACCCACCAAAAGCAAGAUGGAGAUGAAAGUGACCUCUGGUCGUCCUCACUGCUACACUCCAACCAGCGCCAUGACAGUUUACAAAUGCCAUGGCAACAUGGUCUAAAAAGGGGAGGAAUCCUCAGCUCUGGGAAUUGCCCACCCCCUACCUCUUUCUGGAAAACUCAUGAAUAACCCAUCCCUUGUUUAGCAUAUAACCAAGAAAUAACCACAAAAAUGGGCAACCAGCAGCCCUCAGGGCUGCCCUGCCUAUGGAGUAGCCAUUCUUUUAUUCCUUUACUUUCUUAAUAAACUUGCUUUCACUUUAGUCUUCAAAAAAGUAAGCAGAUAUGUAUGUACAUAGGUUAUUUCAAUUUUACGGAUGUAAAGAAUGUGUAGCACACAAUUUACAAAUGAUAAUAAACUAUAGAUUACUCUUUAUUAUAUACUCUUUGUAGAUCAUUAGUUCUCAAAGAAUGCUUUGAUUUUUGCCAAACUCUUGUACACAAAGCCAACCUAGGGUUGCAACUGAUGAGCAUGUAUAGUUUUGGUAUAAAUAUUGGUUGAGAUUUUCAUUUAUGUUAGAAGUAAGAGGAAAGUUAAACAACAAAGAUACACGUGAGAAUGUCACUUGCUAGUCAAUGAUGAAAGCAACUUCUUUGCUGAAUCAAAUAAUAGUUUUCAAAUACUGGAGGAAUAUUUUCUCACAUAUGGGGACUAUUCACAAAGUAAAGGCUAUGGACAUGACACACUUUUAAGUUUAAUCUGCAUUGUUAACAUUUUCUCCAUCACACUCAACAAAAUCAUAAAUCACACUCUGAUAUGUAGUGGUGUAAAUACUGCCACCAUAACCCAAUUUCAUGCUACCAAGAGAACAUGGAGUUGAGAAAAGACAUACAAUAGGGCAGCAUUAUCUAGUAUUUCCACCCUACCUAUACAACAG